AUGCUGUACUCGCGCUCGACGUCCAUGAACAACUCGCGCCGCAGGCGGGCGAGGCUCACCGCCUCCCGUCUGCGGCGCUCCAAGCUACUGACUGAGGUGGCUAUGCGCAAGAUGAAUCUGGACCCGGCGAAAACCAUGCAGAUGGAGUACAUCUCGGAGCAACUCUCACCGGAGGACAUCAGCUUCUUCCGCCACAUUUUCCGCCAGAUUGACACCGACAAUUCGGGCAUCAUGCUACGCUCGGAGCUGCAUGAGGCUCUCACUCUACUUGGAAUCUCUCCAAGCGACAAGGAGCUGGACGAAUAUUUGCUCGUUGCAGACGCAGACGGUAGCAAAGCUAUCGAUCUCCAGGAAUGGAUUGUGCUCUGCGGGAUGCUCGUCACUCCUCCGCACGAUGAAGAAGACCUUCUUGGCGCAUUUCAAUGUCUAUUUCCUAACGAGGAGGAUAUCCCCGUAGUCGUGUUCCGCACUAAGAUGCAGCGUAUCCUUGAGAAUGCGUAUGCGCAUCUACCAGACAGCAACCAGCACGAAGUGAGCUGCUACGUCGACGACAUCCUCAGUGCCCUCGAUCCCAACGACACGGAAUGCAUCGAUGUGCAGGAGUGCAUCCGAAUUCUGAGCACGCCUUACCAUGGAAAUCCUUAUCCUCCCAGCCCCACGGCUCAGAAGCAUCAGCAAUGA